GACUACGGCGCAGCCUUCAUAUAGCCUCGCCUAUCCGGGCAUGGCUCCAACCUCCGCGAUCUCCUAUGCAUCGCCGAUGACCAUCAGCGCAGACCCACAGCCGGUACAGUACAUCAGUGCACAGCAGCCAUAUUCAACAGUGUCCCCGCAACCAGUGAGCUACACACCGUACUCUGUGCCCAUGACUGCUGCACCCACUACUGCUGCACCAGCCCAGACGGCUCCUGAGGCCGGAGAGUCCUUGCCUUUGGCCGGGCAACCGCUUAGCGCCCCGCUGAGUGCGCCACUGAGCGCCUACAGCGCCACCAUCCAGGCACAGCCAUUUGAGUAUGCGCCCUCCACUUUGGCAGCUCAGCCAUAUUCAUUGGCACAGCCACUGGGGCAGCCACUGUCACAGGCAUACCAGGCACCUCCGAUCUACACCAGUGCGCCUGUGACAUACCCGAGCACCUAUGCUCCUUCAGCUACAAUCUCCUAUGCGGCAGCAGAGGCCCCAGAGCAGCCUCAAUACCUGAGUGCACAGCCAGCGCAGCCCGCACAGCCUGCGCCAACCCUUCAGCCAGCGCAGGCAGCGCAGCCUGCGCAGCAAAUCCAGCAGCCUUACUCAGUACUUCCGCAGCCAGUGAGCUACUUGCAGGAGCAGCCUGCCCAGAGUCCAAUUCAGUACUACCAGCCCUCGCAGCCUUUUGCUGCUGGACCUGCGCAGACACUCCCGAGCGACAUGAUGGCUCCGGCACCAACAUCCUAUGCGCCUGCACCAGCCCAGCCGUACCAAGUCAUGCAGCCGACUCAGCAACCUCAGCAGCUGAGCUUUACACCUCCGCUCUUGGCUCCAUCUCAGGCUUCGCCGUAUGGCUUUGGACAGCAGCUGAGCUUCACCCCGCCGCUUAUGGCUCCAUCUCAGCCUUCGCCCUUUCAGUUUGCAGAAGCUGGCCCGGGCCCAGGAGCAGCUCCCCCUGCCGGAGCAGUGUACGCUGCACCCCCAGCGGCGCCGGCCACGCAGUCGUCAUCGUUCCUGCCCGCGCCUGAACUCCCGGCCCCAACCGGUCAGGCCCCUCCGCAGCAAGUUCCUGUGUACGCUGCUCCCAUGCGCUCGGCUGCCCCAACUCCAGCUCCUGCACCCGCACCCUCAGCUGCCCCUGCCGCAACCCCGGGCCCAGGCCAGGGAAUGUUGUACGCUGCUCCAAUCCAGCAGGAUGUUGGAAUCCCAGGUAUGCCAGGCCCAGGUCUCCCUUCGGCUGCACCCUUGUCCUUCACGCCUCCGGCAACCUAUGCUCCAGCCGCAGCUGGGCCGGCAAAGCCAUACUCUUACACUCCCGCAGUGCAGUACUCCCAGCCUCCCGCAGUGCAGUAUAGCUCAGCACCGUAUGUGUCUCCCUCUGUGCCCGGCAUGCAACAGCUGCCAGCACAAUACUAUCCUUCUGCAGCCCCUCUGCAGUACUAA